AUGAGCAGCAUGUCAACAUUGCCCAACGGCCUCGUCACAUUCGGUCCCCAAGCCAACUGCACCCUCGACACAUGUCCCAUCGAAGCGAGCAUCCUGCGAUACCAGCCCAGCAUUCCCGCCAAUGCCGUCUUCACCGGCGUUUUUGCCCUGUCGUUGAUCAUCCAUGCCUUCCAGGGCAUCAAGAUGCGAACAUGGGGUUUCAUGGCGAGCAUGAUAGCUGGAUGUAUACUCGAGAUUAUCGGAUACGUUGGACGUUUCAUCAUCAACGAUAAUCCUUUUGACUUUAACGGUUUUCUGAUGCAAAUUAUCUGCAUUACCGUGGCGCCCGUCUUCUUCUCCGCAGCCAUUUAUGUUCUUCUGGCCCAAGUCAUCAACCACGUCGACCCAAGCAUCUCUCGCUUCCCUCCCCAGUACUUCUACUGGAUCUUCAUCCCCUCCGACGUCGUCUCUCUCGUCCUCCAAGCCGUUGGUGGUGCCCUCUCAUGUGUCGCCUCAACACACGAAGACGUCAAGACCGGCGAGGACAUUUCGCUGGCCGGUCUGAUAUUCCAAGUCGUCACCCUUAUCUGCUUCUGUGCCUUGUUCAUCGACUACGUCGUCAAGGCCUCCAAGUCGUCCUCCCGAAACCGCCUCGACAAGUCAAUGAUGACAUUCCUUGCUUUCCUCUUUCUUUCAACAAUCUUCAUCCUCAUCCGAUGCGCCUACCGUAUUGCUGAGCUCGGCCAGGGGUACUUUAGUGCUCUCUUCCGAGAUGAGGGUCUCUACAUUGGUCUUGAAUCUUGUAUGAUGUGCAUUGCUGUUCUUCUUCUGAACGCUGGUCACCCUGGAUACGCUUUCCGCAAGAGCCAGGAAGAGGUGACAGAGGAGAAGCAGGCCCAAGAUCAAGACUUGGCUUAA